CAUGCAGCCAGCUGAGAGGACAGAGAAAAGUUGGGAGUUAGCCGGAGAGAGGAGCAGGGAGAUUUAUCUUCACUGAGGCUGUGCUGAGGAGAGAUAAGAGCCCCGGCGUUUUCCCUGGAUGUCUGUCUCUCUGUACUAUUUUUUUGCUUACCUCCCCCCUCUCUUAUUUAAUUGUCACUCUUCUUGGCUGGCACUGCAAUGUGGCUGUCUCUGCAGUGAAAGUGCUGCCUGGCAGAUUCUCCUUGAGUGAACCCUGGUUGUGCGCAGUGAGUGCUGCUCUGCCUCCGUCCUGUCCACACUGACUCAGCUGUGCAUGCAGUUGGUCAGCCCCUGAGUGAGCACCAGCUGCAGGAGCAGUCCCUUCUAAAGGAGUGCUACCCUGAAACAGCUGCAGGUGCAACACUUGGAGUACACGCAUCCACAGAGCAGCUUCCUGAUUUUUCCAGUGAACAGAGAGUAUUCUCCUAGCUGUCGGGGCCAGCGUUGGAUACUGCAGCAUCAUUUGUUUUGGAGCAGCUCUAGCGGCCAUGGAGGUCCGGUGGAUUGGGGUUGAACCCGUGAGGCUGGGCCCUCCACACACAACCUGUGGGCUGGUCUUCUCUUUGCUGCUUGGUGUGUGGUCUGCUCAGGCCCUUGAGAUGUCUGUCGGGAAAAUUCCCUUCCUUCAGGCAGUGAAUGGGAGCACAGUUACUUUGCCGUGCACCUAUGCCAGCUGUAUUGGCAUUGAAAAUCUCUACUUCAACUGGCAGUUCAAUGACAACGGCACCAUGCAAAAGGUCUGCGAGUCAGUGAUACCUUCAGAGGGGGUGGUGCCAGAUGUGACUAUAUUCCGGGAGCGUGUGGAGUUUGUGGGGAAAAACCAUCAAAAUAACGUCUCCAUCUUGUUGUUGAACAUCACCUUUGAGGACGGGGGACAGUACACGUGUUUUGGACGCAAUCCCAAAGAGCACCACAAGAACCAUAGUGCCAUCUUCAACCUCAUAGUGGUUGACGAGUUGAGGGAGGUGGACAACACGCUGACCAUCAUCAUAGCUUCGGCUGUGGGUGGGGCCAUCGCGCUGCUGAUGGGCUUCAUGCUGCUCAAGAACUUCACUCUCUUUGUUCUCACCAAACUCGAGGAGAAAAAUAAGGAGUGCCUUGUAACUUCAUCAGGGAUUGACAACACAGAAAAUGGCCUCUCAGGAUCCAAAGCUGAUUCAAAACCAACACCAAAAAAGAAAUGAGACAGUGCAUGUAAAAACAAGUGUAUAUAAAUAUGACAGUGCUCAUAUUUAUAUACCUUCUCUGGAUAUUUGUAUAUGCUCAUGUGUUUGCGCACAUGCAAAUUCAUUAUGUUCAAGUUAAAACCUUAACUCUGGUUGUGGCCUUCAGAGGGAAAUUAUACCAAAUGUGUACAGAGAAGUAACUGUCCAGAUGAUGUACAACUAGAUAUUAUUUAAAAUGUGCACAUCAUUUUUGCAUAACUGCAUAAUUUACAUAAACAGUAGCAGAUUAGAGAUUAGAUGAAACUUUAAUAAUCCCUCGGGUUGGUUCCUCCGGGAAAUUCAGUUUCCAGUAGCACAGCACCGACAGAAGUUGCAUGUUACAGAGCUGGAAUAUCAAAUAAAGGGGAAACAACUAACACUUGACUUAUUUAGGAUAUCCAGACAGUAACUGAUCCUGAUGAAAUGUAACAAACAGGUAAUGUAUUGAGGCUUGGUGGAACACAUCAGAAAUCUCAAAUGAUCAUUAUCCCCAUGUUGUCUUUCUGGGUGGGUCAAUUCAGACGUCACUGCUCCGGCAACAGCAGUGAAGGUUUGAGCUUAAAUGGACUCAACAACACGAUGCAACAUGAUGAAAGAAGAUACUUUACAAAAGACUAUGUAUUUCAGGAACUUGAAAUGAUUUUAAGUGAUUAAUUUCCUAUUAUUUUACAGGCCCUGUAAAAACAAGAAGUUUGAAUAACUGCUUAAAUGAAUAUUUGGCAAUUCAAUUCACAACUACAGUCUUCAUCUGAUACAUUGUUACCAAGCUGUGAAAAAAUUGUAAUAUAUCUGUCGGCAUAAUUUUUUGUUGUUUUGUGUUUAUACUUUGACCAUUAUAUAUUAUUUUAUAUACACAAUUGAUACCAAAUUUAAAUGUUGCUAUGUCUUUUACAGCAGUAUAGCAUAUAGUCAUGUGAAAAAGAAAGUACGCCCUCUUUCAGUUCUAUGUUUGUAUAUCAGGACAUAAUAACAACAACAACAACAACAACAACAAAACUAAUAAUACUAAUAAUAACAAAUGUACUUAGUGUGUACACUAAGUACAUGCUUCAUUAGCUUGUACAAUCAUCUUUAACAGCAAUAAGUUGAAGAAGUCAGUGUUUCUCAUAUUGUUUUUAGAGGAAUUCUUUAGUCCACUGAGAUGUGCAGGCAUUCAGGUACUGUAUGUCUGCAAACCUCUACACUCUAAAGUCCCACCUCAGCAUUUUUGUUUCUUUUUCAGCCAUUCUGUACUUUGCAUUACCCAAUUUAGACCGCUGCUUUAGCUGUCAGGCAAAUGGCUUCACAUUUAACAUCAAAUUGACUCUAGAAUAUGUUUGUAAUAAGAGGAGUUCGUGGUUGACUCAAUAACUGUGAGGUGUCCAGGUCCACCACUACCGCCACGUUUUACAGUUGGUGUGAGGUGUUUUUUGCUGAUGUGCUGUGUUUGUGUGGUAUUGUGCAUUAUGGCCAAAUGUCUCCACUUUGGCCUUGUUUGUCCAGAGGACAUUGAUCCAGGAGUUUAGUGGUUUGUCAGAUGCUUUGUUCUUUUUAGAGGGAAGGGACUGACAUGUUCAGCCUUUCAGUUUUUUAAUUGUCGUGUCAUUAGCUUUAGCAUUUACAUGCUAACUGAGACUGAGAGUCAAAGAUCUAGCUCUUGAAUAUUUUUCAGUUUCUCUGUGCACUGCAUGGUCUGACCUUGGGGUGAAUUUUCUGGCAACUGUCCUGAAUGGUUUCCACAUGAGAAUGGGCUUACUCACAGUAAAGUUCAAAUUGUUUGGAAAUUAUCUUAUGACCCUUCCCAGCUUGAUGGCCAGCAACAGAUGUUUCUCUAAGAUCAUUACUAAUGUCUUUCUUCUUUUGUGUUUUUGGGUUAACAAACACCUGAAUGCUCCUAACUGCAAUAUUAAUUCCUAAAGAUCUACUUAUUUUUUUCAUCGCCUGAAUUUACGUAAUAAAAUUCCUGUUAAGAACCAGAUAGUUUGUUAACAAAUCAUGUCAUGGAAAACCUUAGAGCUGAAAGAGGGUGUACUGUCCUUUUUUGCAUGACUGUCUUAAAAUAUUAUAUACUGUUGGCAAGUGCUUCCUGAAAGGAUACUACUGGGUUCCUCUCUAUAAUAUUUUAAGACUUACCUUAUCAUGUAAAGGCCCCUGAGAUAUCUGGAGCUAUAUAAAUAAAACAGAAAUGAACUAAACUGAAUAAAGGGAAACCAAAUGCAUGCUCUGUUUUUAACCACUCAGAUAAAACCUUCAGUAUAUAUUUUUUUUUAAAUGAAAAAACAACUGAUGUGCACAUUUUAUGACAUCGUAAAAUGAGGAUGUGAUGUAAUGUACACAAGCAAUACUGUGUGGGUCCAUUGCUGAAGCGAUUAUUAACUGCUACCACAACCAGAGUUGAAAAAAAAAAAUAUGUGACUGUUUUUCAUCUGAAGUCAAAGAAACUUUCUUUGUUUAGGUGCUUGAAACAGGGAAAAAAUGCAAUAUAAUACAACUGGGCUGAACCGUCCUUUAACUAACACCAAAUUCACUUACAACAGUAAAUAUAUCUGUAUAACUUUUUACACAACAUUCAGAUUGUCUGAUUUAUUCAAACAACCAACACAAAGACUGUAUCGACAGAAUGCGGCAGGAUUCAGCCCAGUUCUUCAUCCUCUUUGCUUGAUAUAAAACACAGGUGCCUGUUAGUGCUUCUAUGCUUGUCUGUCACUUAGGACGGCUACAUGUUGUAAAGCAGUUUUUAAAAACUCAAAAGCAAAAAGUAACACAACAAGCUUCUUAAAAUAAAGGAUAGACAAUCCCCUGAACCCCCCCCCCCUCCCCCUCCUAGAAAAAGGACCCCCAAAUGCUGCUUUUAAGACAAAUAACCAAUGCAUUUAAGCAUGUGCAAUAUGGGCAAAGCCUUUAAAAGAUGUUCCUUUGGAAAUACAUGUUCUGCUAUACCAACACUGGUAGUAUCAGCUCUGAGUUAGCUGUAAAUCCCAUUUUGUACCACGCUAACUUCAUUGUGCUAACAGUGUCUGAGGUUAAGCACUACAUAUUCCCUCUGCUUAGUAUGCGCCUGUUGAAAUGGCUUUUCUAAGCACUGAUAAACAAUCAUUUAGUUAGCGGUUUACUGUUUGCAAUAAAUAAUUCUUACCCAGCGCACUGCUGAGAGAAAAACUGACUGGGUAUCCAUGCACGUGCACUCAGUAAACCACCCAUAAUAAUGUGGGAAUAUGAUUGGUUGAUCUGGAUCUCGCAGGUUGAGUAGAGGGGCUGUAUGGCAGGGAUAAUCAGUUCAAGCAGGAAAUAAAUGAUGCUCACUGACUGUGCCAGACAGGUAAAGGGUGACCAGAUCCCAACAAACUAAAUGAGGGACAAGCAUGGUGUUUGUGUGGCACAAACUGUGACAUGUUAACAAUGCUGGGAGGCAUUCAAAUAUUUAAAUCCAACUUUCCAACUCUCUUAGUCAGUAAAUGCAAGAAAAAUAAAAGGAAGCUGAAGUUUGGGGCUAAAAAUGCAAUGCAGUACUAUUUAAAGUGGGACAUCUGUUCACCUGAGACAGGGAUGAACCAGGAGAAGAAUUAAUCAGCACCAGACCCAAUGAAAUAGUAAUAUAAUAUUUCUGGAGAGUGGUGUAUAUCUGUAUCUGCCAUCACCGUCCACAUUUAUAGGUAAUCUUAGAUGAAUCUAUUCUCAAUCCUAAAUAACGUGACGGUUUGAAGGCUUUCUGAAAAUCACCCUUAUGUCAAUAAUUAUGUGCCUCUGGUCUUUUAACAAUGGCUCAAAGCAAUAUAGCGAUUACAAUGCUAUUCUAAAGAUAUAGAUGUAUAUUUUUGUGUAUGUAUUAUCCAUAUGAGUGUAGGUUUUCCAUUGUUCAGCUAAGUUAGAUGAGACAAAAACCAAACAGCACACAGGCGUAGAUGGUUAAAGGCUGUUGGUGAACACUGAUGAUGAUGGUGUUUUGAUGGCAAUCGAUGGCAACAGAUGAGUGUUACAGAAAAAACAUAUCCUUAUUUGCUUGUCCUCCUGUGAGUAAAAUGAGAAAAUCGGUAUCACUCUUUCACAAAGCUACUACCACCAAAUCAGUUAGUUGAACUUAGGCUGGCUUUUUCCAAAUGUGACAGUUUAUUAGCACCUCAAAAACUUUAUCGAUUCUGAUGAACACAUGUGAGUGUUUGUAUCAAAGCACUCAUCUAACUCUCAGCAAGAGAACAAGCAAACCGAUUUCUCUUUCUCAAUACCUUUGAAAAACAUAUUGCAGGUAAGCAAAGCGCUGGAAGUAUUAUGUGCAAUAUUCAUUUGAUGUUCCAACUAUGGUAAAUUAUUGUUUAGAUUUCAAGAGAAAAUCCACCUUAGAGUCAGAUCUUACCUCCUAGGCUGUUGUUGUGACUUUGGAAACACGAAGGCAAAGUUGCACAAGCUCGUAAGUUAAAAAAUAUUUAAUCGCAAUAAAUAUAUUUAAUUGUAAAAGGGUGGAUUUUCUCUGAGUGUAAAAGAUCCACUUCUGUCAGGUGUUGUUGGUUUUAAGGUUGUUGUUUAUUUCUUUUUUUAUUGUUUUAUUAUUGUGUCAAUGAUUUAAUUAACUGAGGAAAAUAAGCUUUAAGUGGAUGUGCCCAAACAAGCUUUGGGUGAAUGUAUGCGACUCUAUGCAAAUCACAACAGAACUGAAUGUGAAUUUGUUGUACUGUACCUUGGCUUAACUGUGACAGCUCUGUAUGCAAUACAAUAGCAGGGGAUGUCGUGGAUCAGGGAGUUUUAAUGAUGGCGCUCAUAUGGAUAAGAAGCAGAAAGCUAUACAAUCCAAUGGCACACGUUGUUGCUCUACAUGUAAGUCGUAUUAGACUUAGAGCUUAUUUUGAAAGAAGUGCAUGUUAUGUUAUAUGACAAAAGCCCAAAGAGUACACUUUCACAAAUAUGAGACAUACAAGUCUUAUAAGACAUGCAUCUUUUUUAAAAUUGCGUUUUUCUAUUUCUUUUCCUUAUGAGGAUGUAGGGUGAAUGGGGAACAUCCAAAGGGGAGCAUGGAGCUGACUGGAGCCCCUGUACUUGAUUGGACCUCAGAAAGCCUAAAGACUCAGAAAGUCAUACUCAACCGCUGCUCUCAGUAGAAAAAUACAGCUGUAAUGCUCUUGCUCGCCCUCAAAUGAUGUCCCCAUUUUCAACCUCUAAUUCAUGCAUACCAACUCUUGAUCUCUUUACUAUAGAAAAAUAAAGUUUUGGAUAAAAAUCUG